AUGGCCAGCAUCAAGGUCACAAUCACCUCUCCCUUCAAACUGCCAGUCGAACUCCCUAUGGAGUUUGUGCUCAGCAGAGAAACUUCCAUUGCAGAUCUAAAACAACUCAUUCAUAACCGUUUCCCAUCUGAUAAUGCUGAAACCCUGGCACCUUCACUACAACGCCAACGUCUCAUCUUUCGUGGCCGUGUCCUUGAUGAAAAUGAAACCUUUGAGUCGAUCCUUCAUUCAAACAAAAUACCCUCUGCAUCUUCAAUUCUUUUCCAUCUUGUUAUUAGACCCUUAGAUACCACUGAAAAACCAAAAAGCUCAGCUGGACCUUUUUCAGCCUUUUUUGGAAGAAGCUCCCAGUCUCUCCCUGCUUCAUCUGCAUCCUCUUCUCAAUUGCCUCCAACUAGCUCUUCUCCUGCUCCUGUUCAAUCAGCUCCUAUUUCACAUGCAUCCCCCGUUUCCUCUACUGCCAGUCUUCCUAAACCUGUUUCCCUAGAACCUUUAUCUGGCUCAUCCCAGUCUACUGGUCCGUCACCACCCAUAGGCCAAUUUACAUCACCAGGCCCUUCCACGUCAUCGGGCCCUUCUGCAUCUGCAUCUGCAUCUACAUCUUCACCUUCAUCUUCAUCCGAUGAAUCAUCCAAGUCCACUGAAGACCCCCUUCCUUUAGGCUUUGACAAGAGCCAGCGCACACGUCCCCCCAGUAGUACCCCUAUUUCUCAAAUGUUACAAACAACAGUCACGCGUACCCAAACGGCCGGAAUUUGCAGCCUCGAUCCCUAUAAACUCAAUCUUCCAAAUCUUCCAAACGCUAUUAAUAUCCUUUUCAAUAAUACUCUGAUCCCCAUCAGUUCCAAAGACAUUGUAAUUGUUAAAAACUAUGCUGGUCAAUUACUCUUUUGCGCAUCCCCUAAAGCUCUCGCAAUAUUUGCUACUCAAGCCAAAAAAAUGGGCAAGCCUCUAGCCACACAUGCCCUCAAUAGUAAAACCCCCAUCUUUUCAAAAGAAGUCACCGAACCAAAAUUCACAAACCCAGCCGCAACAACAAACACAAAUUUGUACAUUGCAGUUCCUGGAGGGAAACCCCCAGGAUUCACAGGUCUUCCUCAUCCCAAUAUGACUCCUCAGCAGAUUCAACAACACUUUCAACAACAGCAUCUCCAGCAUCACCAAAGACUUCAUCAACUUCAACAGCAGCAGCAGCAGCAGCAUCAGCAUCAACAACAAAGACAGCAACAGCAAAAUGCUCAGCCUCAGCCUCAGCCUCGCGAAAACAAUGGCCGUGUAGUCAUGCUCCGCGUCGGCAAUUGGCGUGUGCGACUUGACGUGCGGCUUCUUCGUAACGUUUCAAUUUUUCUUUUUUUUCUUUUGCGUUUGUCUUUCAUUCUGGGUAAUGUUAGUAUUUCAUGGCAAGAUGGAGUUAAACUUGCUUUUGCUGUCCUCUUUGUUUUAGUCACCAUCAGUCACUUUAAUGUGGUCGAUCGUCUUCACGAGCGCUUCCAGGUGGUUCAAAAUGCCUUCAAUAAUGUCAUGCAGGGUGCCAUUCGUUGGUUGCCUUAUACAAACCCCCCAGUCCCACCUGCUCAACCUGCUCAAGGUCCUGCCGCACCUGUUCAACCGGGACAAGUUCUAGCUCAAGUACCUGUUCCAGCCCCAGCCCCUGCUCAAGCUCAAGCUCAAACUCAAGCUCAAGCCCAAGCCCAAGCUCCUAUACCUGUUGCAGUUGUUCCUGGUGACGAAACUUUUUUCCAAAUUCUCAAAAUAUUUUUCGUCAAACUUUACGAAGUCUCCAUUAUGUUUUUCGGGUCCUUGAUUCCCUUUGUUUAUGAGCGCUGGCAACAGGAAAACCGGCAGAGACAGGAUCAUGUGGAGCGACUGGAGCGUCAACGAAUUCAGCGAGAACAGGAGCGAUUGGAAAAAGAGAGACUGGAAAGAGAGCAAGCUGCAGCCGCUGCUGCCGCCGCAGCCGCUGCUGCUACUGUUUCUUCUGCUGCUGCUACUUCGCAUACUCCCUCUGGUACUUCUUCCGAUUCUGCUCUCGAUACUGAAACACUCGAAAAACAGGAAUUGAAGGUGGAUGAGACAGUUGCAAAAACUGAUCAAGCUAGUCCAAUUUCUCCGCAGAAUCUCACACCCACCCCCACAACCCUUCUUGAUGAGUCCCAUGUUGCUAGCAUCUAG